AAGAAAAAUAAUGAAGGAAAGUGCAGGAAAUCCUCUGCAACUAAAAUCCGUGAACCACAUAUCAUUGAUAUGCAGUUCGUUGGAAAAAUCUAUGAAUUUCUACCAGAACCUUCUUGGAUUUUUCCCAAUCAGGAGGCCAGGAUCAUUCAAAUUUGAUGGCGCAUGGCUAUUUGGAUAUGGGAUUGGAAUUCACUUGCUGCAAGCAGAGAAUCCAGAGAAGAUUGUGAAGAAGAGUGAAAUUAAUCCGAAGGACAAUCAUAUAUCAUUUCAGUGCGAGAGCAUGGGGGCAGUAGAGAAGAAGCUGAAGGAGAUGGAGAUAGAUUACGUGAGGGCAAAGGUCGAAGAAAGUGGCAUCCAAGUGGAUCAGCUGUUUUUCCAUGACCCUGAUGCCUUCAUGAUAGAGAUCUGCAACUGUGAUAGCCUCCCGAUCAUCCCUUUGACCGCCGUUGCUGCCGUCACUUCUUCAUCCUGCUCCCUUAUCAACCUUACUAAUACCAUCAUCCCCAACACACACCAACUUGCUCAGUGAUUACUAUUCUAUAUGUUUCUACAUUACUUUAUUUCUCAUCAAUGCUUAAUUAAUUUUAGAUCA